UCCGAAGCUUCGCGAUUAAGGCAGCCCCCCGUCUCCCCUCCCCGCUUGGCGGCGACCGCGAUUGAUUCUCCACCCCGUGUUGGCGGUGUUCCCGUCCGGUGAACGACGAGAGCAUUGCCGACGCCGACGAUGACCGCUCCGGCGAUGAUUCAGAGCCUAGUCUAUUUCCUAUCGGAGCACCCUUCGAUCAUCACCUUCCGCUGGAGCCACAGCCGAUUGUGGGGCAGCACGUGGUCCUUCGUCUUCGCCGCGAUCGCCGCGUACGUCGCUUCCUCCCUCCUCCUCCACCGCCUCCUCCUCCUCCUCUUCCGCAGCCGCCGCCCCCUCCCCCUCGGCCCCAUCCCCGCCCUCCACUCCCUCUCCAUGACCCUCAUCUCCCUCACCAUCUUCGCCGGCAUCCUCCUCUCCGCCGCCGCCGAGAUCCGCGACACCCGGUGGUUCUGGCGCCGCUCCCGGACCACCCCGUUCCAGUGGCUCCUCUGUUUCCCGAUCGGGACCCGGCCAUCGGGCCGGGUCUUCUUCUGGUCCUACGCCUUCUACCUCUCCCGAUUCCUCCACACCCUGGGGACAUUCUUCGCCAUCCUCCGGCGCCGGAGGCUCUCCCCGUUCCAGCUCCUCAACCACUCGAUCCCCAUUUUCAUGUCGUUCCUCUGGCUGGAGUUCUCCCAGUCCUUCCAAGUCCUCGCCAUCCUCCUCACCACGUCCAUCUACUCCGUCGUCUACGCCUACAGAUUCUGGACGGCGAUCGGCCUCCGGAGCGCGUGCUUCCCGUUCGUGGUGAACUGCCAGAUGGUGCUCCUGGGGUGCAACAUCCUCUGCCACAUCGGAGUCCUGUUGCUCCAUUUCAUCAAAGGCGGCUGCAACGGAAUCGGAGCUUGGGUCUUCAAUUCCGUCCUCAACGCCGCCAUUCUCUUGCUCUUCCUCAAUUUCUAUCUCAAGAUGCAUCUUCCCGAGAUCAGAAGAAACAAUGGCUGCGUGGCUGUCAAAGACAACAAGGCAGCCCUACAUCCGCAAGGCCACCGGCUGCGGCGAGCUAGCAACGCCACCGGCAAUUCCACUUCCGCCUUCGGCUACCUCUGCAACGGCGCUGCCCGGCGCUGCCCGGCCUACCUGACGUUCACAUCUCAGCCGCCAUACGACUCCGUUCCCUCCAUCUCCUCCCUUCUCGGGGCCGACCCAGAAAUUCUCUCCCGAAUCAAUUCCGUCCCUCCAAAUGCAACCUUCGGGAGUGACGAGGUGGUUCUUGUCCCCGUCACAUGUUCCUGUUCUGGUCGGAAUUACCAGGCCAGUGGAUCGUACGCGAUUAGGUUUGGGGAUACGUUUAUAGGCAUUGCCAAUACCGUUUUGCAAGGGCUGUCCACCUGUACGGCUCUCCUGUCUCAGAACAGUCGAAUCGCUCACACAAUGUUGUACGCUGGGGAGAGAGUUUUUGUUCCUUUGAGGUGUGCUUGUCCCACGAAGAACCAGAGCGACCAUGGCGUGAAGUACUUGUUGAGCUACGUGAUCCAAUCGGGACAGUACGUUUCCUUGAUCAGCAACAAGUUUGGGGUGGAUACAGGGGAAACCCUAGCGGCAAAUGGGCUGUCUUUUCAGGAUUCUACCAUAUACCCCAACACCACUCUGCUGGUCCCACUUCAUGACCAACCAUCCAGCAAACAGGUGGCGGCGCAGCCUCCACCGCAGCCCCCGCCGCCCCUUGUCCCUUCACCUAGUAAAAGCUCAAGCAAGACCUGGAUAUAUGCUGUGGCCGGUGUUCUUGGAGGAAUUUCUUGUUUGUCUGUUGUAGGCGCGCUUGUUUUCGUGUUUUGUCUCCGGAAACAGCGAGAGAAAACCGACCCGGAGUUGGUCUCAAGGGGUUUUGGAGCAGAGGAGAAGAAACUGGAAGAGCAAGGGGAGUUGAGCUACGCAAGUGUGUCUGAAUUGGUAAAAUCUGUCAAGAUGUACACCUUUGACGAGCUCAAAUCCGCGACUCAAAAUUUCAGUCAUAAUUCUUGGAUUCAAGGAUCCGUUUAUCGCGGCAAAAUCAAUGGAGACUUUGCGGCAAUCAAGAUGAUGAGCGGAGAUGUGCCCAAGGAAAUCAAUCUGUUGAGUAAACUCAACCAUUUCAAUCUCAUCGGUCUCUCAGGCGUAUGUUUCCACAACGGAGAAUGGUACCUAGUCUUUGAGUAUGCCGAAAACGGGCCAUUGAGUGAUAGGAUACACACAAAGUCCCCAGGAAAUGUACACUCUUUGACAUGGACACAGAGGAUACAAAUCGGGCUGGAUGUAGCCACAGGGCUGAACUACCUUCACAGCUACGCAACCCCUCCCCAUGUACACAAGAACGUGAACAGCAGUAAUAUUCUUCUGGACCGCGACAUGAGAGCCAAAAUCACAAACUUUGGGCUAUCGAGGUCAGCAGAGGGGCAAGAAGGGGAGUUUGCCUUGACGAGGCACAUAGUCGGGACGAAAGGGUACAUGGCACCAGAGUAUUUAGAGCACGGUUUGGUUUCCCCGAAGCUAGACGUGUACGCUUUUGGUGUUCUUAUAUUGGAAAUACUUACCGGGAAGGACAUUGCCACACUUCAAGAGGAAAAUGGGAAGGAGUGUUUGGCAGGUUUGAUGGAUCCAAGUCUGGGACAGAGGUACCCUGCAGAUAUUGCUGCAAGUUUGAUGGGAUUAGUUGAUGGUUGCGUACGAAAAGAUGCUUCGAGUCGCCCUGAUAUGGAUGAGAUUGUCCAGCAUUUUUCAAAAGCAAUGACUGCCACAAUGGUUUGGGCAUUGUCGUCCUCAACUACUUGAUGAUUUACCUAUGCAAGUAUGCAUUGUGUAUUGCAGUUAGUUUGAGUAAUGAGGAGUAUGCAUUGCUCAAUGAUUUGUAGAUCCACACAUGCCUCUAGAUGUAAAAUGGUACUUCCAUUAAUAUAUACUCCUCCGUCCUCUAAGAUCUUAUCGUUUUAACUUUUUGUGGUUUUCAUAGAGAGUUGAAAAAAAGAUAAAAGUUUACCAUAAUG